AUGGGUAAGCAAAAAAAGGAUUCGGCUGUAGGCACAAAGACCAUAUUUGGACGAAUGGAGAUGAUCCCCCGCAAAGUCUUCUUUCUAAGUGAGGUAAUCUUCAGGGACCAUCCAUAUAUCGAAUUGUCAGCAUUACAGGUGUCAUAUCAAGAUCUAUCAACACCGGGCCGUCGUCAGCCAUCAAUUCAAGCAAUAUACCGGCAUCAGCGGAUAGAUACAAAGCUUUUUGGGGGCGCAUAUACUAGAUUUGAUACCCAGCGGAGUGGAUUUGACGGGUGGCAGGCACACGGAUGCAUACUCAGCUGGACGAUCAGGAAACAACUUCUAUAUAAACAAAAGGCACAUUUGAACGGAUCUAACGGCAGCUGGAGACGACGCAUGAUAUAUUUUAAAGAAGCAAGAUACAAUCCAGCUAAGCGUUUAUAA